AUGACCCUCGGUCUCGCAUUGCUUCUGCUCGCCGCGAUCCAAGGUCUUGCUGUUGUGGCAAUCUCUCCAAUAUCGGUCAAAGGCACUAAACUCUAUGACGAUGAGGGCGACCAGUUCUUUAUCAAAGGCGUUGUGUACCAGCCCGAUGGCGUUUCAACCGUCAGUGAUCCACUGGCAGAUACCAAUCAAUGCCAGCUCGAUGCUGGGUUCAUGAAGGAUGCCGGAGUGAACACGGUUCGUGUCUACACGGUGGACGCUUCGCUGAACCACGAUGGCUGUAUGCAGGCUUUCGCUACCCAGGGUAUAUAUGCCUGGAUUGGUCUCACGGAACCUCUGCACGCCCUAGACAGGGCUGAUCCUGAAUGGACUGAGGAACUCUUCACGCACAUGACCAAAAUCGUGGAUACAUUUGCUCCUUAUAACAACACACUGGCCCUGGAAGUCAGCAAUGAGCUCAUCAACGACAAUAAAACUUCGGGGGUCGCACCAUACGUCAAAGCUGCCGCUCGCGAUAUGAAAGCGUUUCGAAACGCUCGCGGCUAUCGCAAAAUUCCUAUGGCGUACAGCGCAGCCGACGUGGUCGUUAUGCAGCAAGCCACCGCCGACUAUCUCGCAUGCGGUGAUGAAGCAGACAGCAUCGACAUGUAUGGUCUUAACGCCUAUUCAUGGUGUGGCAACUCCUCCUAUUCCGAGGCGGGCUACGAUAAGCUGUAUGAGCGAUUGCAGCCCCUAAACAUCCCAGCGGUGUUCACUGAGGUUGGUUGCAACAUCAUUCAGCCCAGGACCUUCGACGAGGUAUCGGUCAUCUUAGGGUCCGUUUUUCCCAAUGCCUUUUCAGGUGCCAUCGUCUACGAGUGGGCGCAGGAAGAGAACGACUAUGGGCUCGUGGAGUACCCCAGCAGCAGCACUGGCGGCUUUCCAGAUCCCCUUCCGGACUAUACCAACCUCCAGAAGGUCUUCAGCACGGCCAAGCCGGUCAAUACGCCCAGGGCAGAUUACACGCCUUCAAACACUCCGCCCGCUUGUCCGACCACAGACGACAACUGGACAGUUGACGGAGAUGCCACACUUCCCACAAUUGCUGGACUCAACAUCAAGACGGUGUCCGCGAGGACAACGUACAUCGAUGCUGCGGCUGCGGAGACAACAGGUGCAGAGACUACUGCAACCACUGGCACCUCUGCAGGAGUAGUCGCAAACAGCACGUCAUCCAGUGAUGAGAGUGGGGGUGGAGCUCCCAGCAAUGACAACCAGGGACUGUCAACGGGAGCGAUCGCUGGAAUCGCGAUUGGCGGAGCACUUGUGGGUAUCCUCGCCAUUGUUGCGGGACUCUUUAUUUUCCGUCGACGAAAAGCGCACGUGCCGCAAGAGAAGAUGGGAAGGCAUCGUCCGCGUACCAGACCAACGAUUCCCACCAUAUGA